GGUAGGUGGUCCCGGUGGGUGCCCUGUGUGUAGAGGAUCUGAAUUCCCUUCCCCCGCUAUUGUCCCCCACUGACGCCCGUUACCAGGCCUCAGCGACGCAAAGCCCGGCCCGGGCACGAUGCUGAGGCGCCCGGGCCUGUGAAACCUUCCUGCAGCGGUGUUGGCAUAGGAAAAUGAACUCCACUAUGAGUGAGGAGCCUGAUGCGCUAGCAGUAGUUAACCAGCUGCGAGACCUAGCAGCUGACCCUUUAAAUAGACGAGCCAUCGUUCAGGAUCAGGGAUGUCUGCCAGGCCUUAUUUUGUUUUUGGAUCACCCUAGCCCUCCAGUUGUUCACUCAGCGUUACUAGCUCUCCGGUAUUUGGCAGAAUGCCGGGCCAACAGAGAAAAGAUGAAAAGUGAACUGGGUAUGAUGCUGAGCUUACAAACUGUAAUACAAAGGACUACUACACCAGGAGAGACUAAACUUUUAGCCUCUGAAGUCUAUGACAUCCUUCAAGCUUCCAACAUGUCAGACAUGGAUGGUGUGAAUGAAAUGAAUUCUUGCCGGCGGAAAGCUCAGUUUUUCCUGGGCAGUACAAAUAAACGUGCUAAAACAGUGGUUUUACAUAUAGAUGGCCUUGAUGAUUCAUCUCGAAGGAAUCUUUGUGAAGAAGCCUUGUUGAAAAUUAAAGGAGUUAUUAGCUUUACAUUUCAAAUGGCGGUUCAAAGAUGUGUGGUCCGAAUUCGCUCAGACUUAAAAGCAGAAGCUUUGGCAACAGCAAUAGCAUCAACCAAAGUUAUGAAAGCACAGCAAGUUGUGAAAAGUGAAAGUGGAGAGGAGGUGCUGGUUCCAUUCCAAGAUACUCCUGUAGAAGUAGAGCAAAAUACAGAUCUACCUGACUAUUUGCCAGAGGAUGAAAGCCCUACAAAGGAACAAGACAAAGCAGUAUCCCGGGUUGGGUCACACCCAGAAGGUGCAGCCAGCUGGCUCAGCACAGCGGCAAACUUUCUGUCCAGGUCUUUCUACUGGUGACUUGCGUUGUGGUUAAAGGACUGCAUGAACAACCAACAGGGUGGCCAGUUUUCCAUUGGUGUGGUGAACUGCCAAGUGCAAUUUGCAAUAAAUUAUCACGAAAAGAUUUUAGAUUACACAAAUGUAUGCUGCAUUUUACAUUUUAUUGGCCAUUUAGCCUGUUAGGCAGGUCAAAGGACAGAGGCCUCAGAUCAAGUCGCUUUUGUUUGUUUUCAUGUACAUUUUAUUGUCUCCUUUUUUAAAUGGGUCCAUUAUUAAAAACCAAACAUUUAUGCUUAUGGAGCUUUAAGUUUGACUUCACACGAAGCAAGCGAUAGGGAGAACCCAUUCAACUCAAGUCUCAGGACCUCUGUGAAAGGAAAUUCUUAUUAGUUCUAGUUGUGCAUGAAUCAAAAUGCCUUUUUUGUUUUGCCUUAUUUCAGAUUUAUUUCUUUUGGUUUUCUAGACAUUGACUCCAGAUGAAAAUAUACCCUGCCUUUGUUUUGCCUUUUAUUUUUGCCAACCAUGUUCAGAACCAGCAUUUCAUAUUAAUUUUCUGUAUGAAAAUAAAAUUGCUACACACUUGAACUUUAUAACCCCUUAUGUUUGUUGAAAUAUUUUUCAGCCCUUAAACCACUGGUGAGCUAUGAGAUUAACAUAUAAGGGAUUAAAUGAGCAGAAAGAAGUAUGUAUGUAUGUAUGUAUGUAUAUGUUAUACAGUAAAUAAACUGCUGUAGGAAAAUCAUUUCAAUGAUGGGUGUGAGUGACUUUGUGUAUAUAGUACCAGAUACUACUGACUGCCAUGUAGGCUGGUUAAGAAGAUCAUACUCCCAACAGCUGUGAUCUGCUCAACUGCUUAUUGCAGUUUCUUCUGAGAUAGAAGGUGGGUUGUUGGCCUUACUCAGUUAUCAGAUAGUGUCCACUAUAAGUGACUAUAAUGGUAACUGAAACUUCAUAAACUUGAAAAAUAAAACAAAUUGAAUGCCUGUUCCGCCACAGUGCCACUCUCAUAAAUUUUGACUUUAAACUUUUAUUGCUUGGCAGAAAUCUGAUCGGUAGUACUGUAGUUGUUUCCUCUUAUUGCCUUCAUUAUUUUCCCAUGAAAGCACAUCAACGUGGAUAAGACAAAAAACAUACCUGAACAAUUGGUUUUGUCUUGUUGUUUGCAGACAGUGUAAGUUUAAAGAUGUCUUGGUCAUUAACAUCUUCUCUCUGUUUUGUGACCAGAAAAGAUAACAAAAGUAGGUAGAAUCUAUGAAAGUGGAUAUUGAAAUAUUAGUAAGCAUUUUCAGUGUUCUGAAAACUACAGUACUGCUUUGUUGCUUCACAGGAAUACAGCUAAAAAACUGUAAUGCUAUUAUAAAACUGACCAAAAAAAAAAAAGUGUGUUUUGUGAUGACAUCCAUGCUAUAACAUUGGCUACAUUUUCAAUUUGGAGACUGAGACAAAUGUUUGCUCCAUAAAAGUUACUCCCCAGUGUUAUGGGCGGGGAGUAAAAUCAUUCACAGGCUGUCAUAUUAAUGCAACAGUGUACAGGAAAGAAUAGUGUAAAAUAACAGUAACAAAAGUCAGAGUUGACCCACUCAAAUUCAGUGUCAUUCGGGGACGAAAAAGGUUACUUUCAGACUAGAUGUCUCUGUUUUUUAAUGUAGCUAGCUCAUUUUGAUUCAGGUUUAUACGCACAGAUUGAAAAUACAAGCUUUCCAGGGCAUGUAUUGCUUUAAAUAUGUAAUAUUACUCAUUUUGCAGUCUAGAAUGUUACAGUACCAAAUGUGUUUGAAAAGCCCUCUGUUCUAUAGCCAUGAAUGCAAAGUUUACUUUUCUCUGUUAACAUUUGUUUGCAUUUUGUAUUACUGCACAUCUACUUACUAAAUUACUAUACCCCUUUGGAUAUUAAUGGUUCAGUACAAGUAGGUAUUACAGUUUGUGCAUUCAGUCUUUAGGUAUGCUAUUUUUUGACAGUAUUGCAGGUCUUGUAAAACAGUUAAGGCAUCUGUACAAGUUUUUGAAAUAUAUUGUAAAAUAAUAAAGGGUAAUAUAACUAAACUAAACAUA